UAUCAUUGUCUUUGUGACAAAUGUCAAAUUAAUCUCUGGAUUCGUUUCGAUUAUUUUCAACAAUCAUUUUAAUUAUAAGCAAGAUCUAUUUUAUUUUGUAUCCCGUAAAAACGACGACCUAUUCAAGGUGUAGUUUUUCUUGAAAACUGUAACCUCGAAUCGUCGUCAUGGCUUCUACUGAGGUGACGAAGCUUCAGCAGCAUUUGGCGCUGCUGAAGGAGGAGUACAGCAAACUUCAAAGUCACUGUGCAGAAGUGGAACGGAAGUACACACUUGUCGCAGCUUCAGCCGGCGACCUCAGUGAGACGAGCUUUGUGGCUCGAUUGCUGAUGACUGUGACGACGCUGUACGGGCGCGACACCUAUUCUGAUAUUACUAUCAAGCUUCAGAGCAAGUCAAUGCCCGGCCACAAGUUUGUUUUGAAUGCUCGCUCUGAUGAUUGGAAUGAGGAAGCUUUGAAGAAUCUUGAGGAGCUAGACUGGUCCAAUCUUCCUGAUGAUGUUGGUGCUGCCUUACUCAAGUGGUUGUACUCAGAUGUUGUUGACUUGUCUAGAGGCGAUCAGUUUGCAUUGCAACUCAUGAAGUUUGCGGCCGGCUUCAAACUGCAUGGUUUGGUUGGGAAAUGUGAACAGGCUCUGAUAGCCUCAGUUGGAGUCAGAUCCUGUGUGAAAUUUUAUUCAGCUGCAGAUGAGAUUGGUGCUUCUGCUCUCAAGGAGCACUGCUCUGGACUUAUAUCUGCUCAUUGGGAUGAUCUUACAGGUGAAGACUUCGCUCACAUGUCGUCAGCUCUGCUCUACCGCAUGUUGAAGAGCAAGACGUCGCAGCCGCUGCACGGCGCCGUGCGGCUGCUGCGCGAGGACGUCGUGUUCCUCUGUCUUGUGGAGAACCACGCGAACCUUACAGACAUAGUAAACGCUAUGUCAUCAAGAGGAGAGUUACCUCUAGAGCUGGCACUGCGCGGGCGCAGCGCGUCCAUUGCGACGACGCUGCUGCAGCACUGCGCAGACGCCGAUGCGCGCGGCCCCAGAGGCCGCACGCUCCUGCAUCGAGCUGUAGAUGCGAGAGACGCCUUUUCAGCAAAGUUCCUAGUCGAAAAUGGAGCUGACCCUAACUUACUGACCAAAGAAGAAGGCGAUACUGCACUGCACCUGAUAGCAGCUCUAACAGCCAGCUCUUGUGAUGAAGACACAAUGGACCAAAUGGCGGAGAUAGCUGAAACAAUGGUCGAGAAAGGAGCCGACAUCAACCGACAGAACAGAAAAGGAUUCACACCUCUCCACCAAGCAGUAAUAGCGAGAAACCAAAGGAUAUUUGACUUACUACUGAAACAAGACAAUUUGGACACGAAUUUACGGACGCUAUCAGACGAACACCCGCCCCUGUACUACGCUCUCGUAGACGACAGACGGGCUUCGAUAUCGUCGAGUGAGACUUUAGUAAUGAACGGCUCCAAUCCCUUUGACACACCGGUGACGAAUAAGAAUGCGUUUGCUGAAGAUCCAGUGGAAGAUAAGACUGAAAAUAUAAUAGAGAGGGGAUUCGCCUCUAAAUUACUAGGGAAAGGCUGCCAUCCGAACCCUCUGUAUUCUACGUCUGGCGAUAGCCUUCUUCACAUUCUGGCGCUUGGAUGGUUCGAGGAUUCUGCAGUAUUUUUAACAACGCACCUGAACGGCGAAGUGAACCACACAAAUGAAGCCGGUCUUACAGCACUGCACACAGCUUGCGCCAACGGUCUAGCGCGGCUCACUACUGCUUUGCUGGAGCAAGGCGCCCGCCCCAACAUACAGACCGCUUACGGAGAACAAGAAGACACUGUGUAUAGACAAACCCCCCUCCACCUGGCUGUAUACAACAACCACGAGGGGGCAGUCAUGGCCAUCCUGAACCACCGGCGAUUGGUCGAGAAGGGCGACUUUCCUUCGGCUGACAGAUCCAAUGCGCCCCUACUGCCUAACCUCAAUCUGAAGAAUUCGGAGGGCGAUACGCCAGUUAGCUUGGCUCUCUCUGAGGGCCACAAGCACCUGAUAGCCCCGCUGGUGGAGUGCGGCGCGGACCCUAACGUCCGCAACGGGAAGGGCUUCACACUACUCCACCAGGCCAUCGUCGAGGAGGACUCCAAGACUGCCAUAUAUCUGCUCGAUCAUGGCGCUGAUAUGAACGCCUUAACGGAAGCGGGCGAAACUCCUCUACAACUGGCGAUACACUGCCGACUGGGAUUAGUGGUGGAGGCUUUGUGCGUUCGCGGAGUGGACAUGAGCCGCUUGGACGCGAACGGCGUGCCCCCGCUGUGGGCCGCGCUCGACUCCGGCCAGGAGGAAGUGGCCAGCAUUUUGGUAAGGAACGGUGCAGAUGCAGACUGUUGGGGGCCUGGCCCGGACGGAUGCUUGCAGACUCUAUUACACAAAGCUAUAGACGAGAACAAGGAGGUGCUAGCCACGUUUCUGAUCCGCUCGGGCUGCGACGUGGAGUCCCCGCGGCGGGCGGCGGCGGACGGGGGGGGCGGGGACGCGGUCGCAGAGAGACACUCGCCGCUGCAUCUCUGCUGUCAGUGGGGGCUCACCGCCGUCAUACAGACUCUUCUAGAACACGGCGCGAACAUAAAUUCAAAAGACGCAGAAGGCAAGACGCCACUACACAUAGCGAUAGAAAACCAACACGCAGGAAUCAUAUCCAUGCUUCUAUCGCAUCCGGGCAUUGACCUCUCCGCUAGGGACAAUAGGGGCAUAUCUCCAUUCGCGGCGGCUUUGACUGCAAGGAAUAAUAAGGCUGCUCAGUCUAUACUGGAGAAGAAUCCGUCGGCCGCGGAACAGGUGGACCGCAAGGGCCGCAAUUUCCUUCACGUUGCGAUCCAAACAUCCGACAUGGAGAGCGUAAUGUUCCUGCUUUCGGUGGAAGUGGACGUGAACUCGCGGGUUCAGGACGCGACGCUAGCGCCGCCGCUGCACCUGGCGGCCGCCUCCGGAAGCGAAGUGUUGCUGAGGACUUUACUGUUAGCUGGGGCGAGGCCUAAUGACCGGGAUGCGCAUAAACGCACCGCGCUGCACGUGGCGGCGGCGGCGGGUCACGCGGCGAUCGUGUCGGCGCUGGCGGGCGGCGGCGCGGACUGCGGCGCGGCGGACGCGGCCGGCGACAGCGCGCUGCACGCGGCCGCGCGUGACGGCCACGCGGCCGUCGCGCGCGCGCUGCUCGCCGACACCGACAUCGACGCAGCCGCUACUAACCUCAAAGGACGCAAUCCAUUGCAUGAACUGUGUUGGUGCAAGAAGGACAAUGCGGCCACAAUAUGCGAAAUAUUCCUAGAAUAUAUGCCAGAUUAUCCCAUAAACAGGACAGAUUUACAGGGUAAUACUCCGCUGCUGCUCGCGUACAUGAACGGGCAGGGGGCCAUGUGUCGGGUUCUGGUCAGAGCUGGCGCGUGUCUCGCGCAGGAAAACAAGGAAGGCAUCUCCAUUUUCAAUUACCAGGUGGCGACGAAGCAGCUGCUGCACCGUCUGCUGGACGCGCUGCGGGCGGAGGCGCCGUGGGCCGAGAGCGAGCUGUGCCAGGAGUGCGGCACCAAGUUCACGCUCACCAUGAGGAAACACCACUGUCGCCACUGUGGCCGUAUGCUGUGCAACAAAUGCUCGAACCAGGACGUGCCGAUCAUCAAGUUUGGGCUCAACAAGCCGCAGCGCGUCUGCGAGAUCUGCUUCAACGUGCUGCAGGUCGGCGCCAGUUAGUUACCACCCACUGUACUCACUUAUAUAUACCGAUGUUCUAAUAAAGAUUCAACCUAGGCGUGGUUUGGAAAUUGGUAUGGUAUUGUUAAUAAAACUCACAACGACAUCUGGUACGGUGAUCAAAAUCAAAACUUUCAUAAUUUUAUAAUAUAAUAUUCUUUGAAAAUUAAACAGCAGCGACCUCAUCACUGGGCCAGAUCUUUAUCGUUGUCCAACUUUGACAUUACCGAGAUAACCGUCAGGCUGACACUGCAAGCCGCGGCCCUGUCCUAGCUCCCGAAGCUGCAUAUAUAUUUCAAAUUACAUUUGUAUGGAAGAUCGGCAGCGUUCUACACUAAUACUAAUAAAAAUCCGACAAUCGUUUUUAUGUACGACUAUUAUUUUUUACAGCUAUGUCAUGAAACUUUAUUAACUAUAUGUAAUUAUAUAGAUAGAUAAGCAAUAAAUUAGCAUUUUGUUGAUUUCAAUUUGAUCUUUUUGGAGAUGCUAAGAUUUGAACCCAGGACUUUCGGCAUGUGAAGCGAACCUUCAGUGGACUAAUUAGUCUAUAAUGUAAGUUUAUGAACAGAUGGAAACGUUUUAUUACCUAAUGUGUAUUAAUAGUUCCGUUCCCAUCCAGAGAUUCACUAGGGUAUAUGUUAUGCCCUAGUUGAUGAAUCUAUACUUUGUUCUGGGCUUAAAUACGAUUUUUUAAAAUAUUUAAACAUAAUUUGAACUGACAAAUCAUCUGAUGUUCUAGACUAUUCAACAUGGUAGCUGAGUCAACGAAAUGCAAAUAUUGUGAUCUCGUUAUUACUUUUACAAUAAAACGCAGUUCCAUUUUGUAAUCUUCAGUUCUUGACAUACAAUUUCUUUGUAGUUUUUAUUACAUGAGGUCGUAAAUUUUUUUUUACGUUUUAUUUGUGACGUAUACAGCAUUCCUGUAAUGCAUAACCCAUAUAUAAAUAUAAGAGUAGUAAAGGUACUUAUACUUUCCCCGUCGCCAAUUGCCAGUUUAUGCAUUGUGUCUCGAAUCUUCGCAAUCGAGGGAUUAGAGCCAUCCAUAUAGUAACAAUAUGGCUUCAAAAUGUUAGUGCCUCAACUUUUUCAAUACUAGACGCUAAUAUAGAAGUAGGAUGAUAUUUAAGAAGUAUUUAAUUACUAAAGAUGUAUCAUACUGCUAUAAUUUAAUGGUGUUAUUAUUUACAGCAAAUAGUAACGCUUAUGUAAAUGAGUUACAGCACAUUUUAUAUUGACAUAAAUAGUUUUGGAAAUAUCCAAUUUUUAAAAAUAUAUCUCUUUCAUACAUGCAUUCAAUACAAUUUUUUCAAGUCUGGGGCUGGUAGGCCAAUUAAAAUUAUGGUCCAUAGAUAAAUAGAUUAUUGUCAAUUUUCCAAAAUAUAGUCUCUAAUCUUUAAGAUUAUGUAAAUACUACGAUUAUGUUGUAAUCUGAAUAUUAGACAUAAGAUGCAAUAAAACACGAUAUUUAAAAACCAUUUGUGUGAAUAAGGAGCCAGACAUCAACAUCAUAAUGCUUUAAAAAUACAUUUCAAUGUAAUGGCGUUAAAUAAAUCCAGAAACCCACCUUAGAAAACUACACUUCGUAGUUUUUCCCCUAUUUUUUAAUUUGGUAUUAUGUUUAAUAAAUUUUUAACGAAUUCUAAUGUUUGCACAUCAUGUUGAUAAAAGUAUCAUAUCUGCAAGAAAAUCUAUUGAGUUUUAUUAUAGAGGUAAAUGUUUAAAGAACAUUUAAAGUAUUUGGCUCUUAUUGGACUGCUUGUAUCGUCAGUCUACCUGUGAUAUUUUUUCCAAAUUUUGGGUCUCUUAAGUAUUUUUUUAACUGCACAUUCCUUUAUCAUAAUUAUUAUAAGAAAUCGCAAAAUGAUGCAAGCGAUUGCCUAAUUCCUGAUAAAAGUGCAAUCGUGUCAUGAUUGCAUGUUUUAUCCUAUUUGACUAUUGUGAUCCAAGAGAACAUUCUAAGUGUGAUCUUUCUGCACCAAACUUUUCUUGGUUGGUUGGGAGAGUCAUAGCUUGAAUUACGUUUUUGGUACGGCCUAUCUACCAGAGUGGAAAUUUACCCUCUUCACACUAGUAGACUAGUUGUUGUUAUUUGUUUAAAAGUUUGUCUGUGGCUUAUUAUUUUAGUUUGUGUGUAAAACGAGAGUGCCAUUUGGUUUAUUUUUGUAUUGUUGAAAUUUUAAAAAUAUUAUCGGCAUUUAUGUACCUGUAUGUUUUCCAAAUUUUAUAUUUGCUUUAAUGAAAUAUAUAAUGAGUAUGAAA